AUGAACCUUUCCGUCACCUACAGCCUACGCGAUGAACUAGUGGCUGCCCUUCUGUUGGCUUUUGACUUCAUUCGAGGUCUUCUGCAAACGGGGAUUUGCACUAGAAAAGUAAAUGAAUUCCUUAAAAAUAGAUCCGCACGUGUUGCACUCCGAUGUCUGCCGAUUAUUUUUUCCAUUUUCGUCCUUCUUGUCACGACGCUGCGAACGGGAGCCUUAACUGGCAGGGGACGACAACAGCCUCACGUCAGUCGUUCACCUGAGACGAGAACAAACUCCGCACCUAACACUCUUGACGCGAAGAAGCGCAGUAGCAGCAGCAGCAGCGCGAAUUGCUGUAUGAACUGCCCCGACAUGUGGAGGCUCAGUGAGGCUUGGCGGAAAGAAGAAGCAUACUUUGCUCCCACAACUCAAGCGGUGGAGGAUGACUUUGAUUCAGAGAGACACCUGCAGAUGUGUAUCGACGGCUUCUGCUCCUCACAAGCACCACAACCGCCGAGUCCUGGGGCUCAUUGCUCAUAG